CUCGUUAAGUGACUUCUUUUAUAAAUGAAUGCCUAUGAAACUCGUGUGUGUUCGGAGCAGGCAUGGAGUCCGACAAUAUCGAACCGGGUGGGCAGACGGGCCGGCGUACAUAACGCAGUGUCCAAUACAGCCGGGGCAAAGCUACAUAUACAACUUCACCGUCAGCCGCCAAAGAGGCACCCUUCUUUGGCACGCCCACAUCUCCUGGCUCAGGGCGACGGUGCACGGCGGUCUUGUCAUCUUGCCCAAGCGGGGCGUUCCUUAUCCCUUUCCCAAACCAGACGAUGAAGUUGUCAUUAUAUUAGGGGAGUGGUGGAAGUCAGAUGUGGAGGGCGUGGUGAACCAAGCUGCGCAAUCUGGAUUGCCCCCAAAUGUAUCAGAUGCCCACACCAUUAAUGGCUAUCCAGGCCCAUUCCCAAACUGCUCCUCUCAGGAUGGCUUCACUUUGCAAGUCCAAAGUGGGAAGACCUACUUGCUGCGAAUCAUCAAUGCGGCCAUAAACGAUGAGCUCUUCUUCAAGGUUGCAGAACACAACCUCACCAUUGUUGAAGUGGAUGCGACCUACACUAAACCCUUCCAGACCGAAACUGUUUUCAUUGCCCCAGGCCAAACCACGACAGCCCUCCUAAAGGCUGAUCGAGCUGCAGGGAAGUACUCAAUAUCUGUCUCCCCAUUCAUGGACGCUCCGAUCCCCAUUGAUAAUACUGCUGCAACUGCUACAUUGUACUACAAUGGUACUCUUCCAACUUCCCCUACCAUCUUCACCAGCAUCCCUGCACAAAAUGCUACCCCUAAAACAUUUAGCUUCAUCGACUCUCUUCGAAGCCUUAACUCGAAACAGUACCCUGCAAGAGUCCCAUUAGCCAUUGAUCAUUCUCUGUUCUUCACCAUAGGUGUUGGGAUUAACCCAUGUACUACAUGCAUUAAUGGCAGACAGUUUGUGGCUGAUAUCAAUAAUGUUAGCUUUGUGAUGCCCACCAUUGAUCUACUUCAAGCACAUUACUACAAUAUAAGUGGAGUUUUCACUGAUGAUUUUCCUGGGAAUCCACCGGUUGUGUUUAAUUAUACCGGUGACCAGCCAAAAAAUGUGCAGACUAUGAAUGGGACAAGGCUGUAUAGAGUGGGUUUCAAUUCUACGGUUCAAGUUGUGCUUCAGGGGACUGCAGUAAUAGCACCAGAAAGCCAUCCUACCCACUUGCAUGGGUAUAACUUUUUUUCAGUUGGGAAGGGACUGGGGAAUUUUAAUCUAGUGACAGAUCCAAAGAAGUUCAAUCUCAUCGAUCCUAUUGAGAGGAACACAAUAGGGGUGCCAUCUAGUGGGUGGACUGCAAUCAGAUUCAGAGCAGAUAAUCCAGGGGUUUGGUUACUGCAUUGCCAUUUGGAAGUUCACACAACCUGGGGGCUGAAAAUGGCAUUUCUGGUGGAGAAUGGAAACGGUCCAAAUGAGUCACUUAUACCACCUCCAAGUGACCUUCCAAAGUGUUAGUAAUCGAUUUGAACAACUUGUAAGUUGCAUUUUAAGUCAUUGAUCAUCGACAUUAGUAGGGGAAUUAGAAGAAAACAGGCGGUUUAUGUAAGCAAUGUAAGGAAGAAAAAAAGAAUAGACAGCCAGUAAAAGGAUUGGGUGGAAUGUGUUGGUUGAUUUUGGAGUGGGGAUUGAGGAAGCUGCACAUUAUUUUGUACAAUUUAAUAUUUGAGAUUACAUCAAGUUCUUGUUAGAACUCUAUAAGGAAAUAAGACCACAUAUAUCUUUGCAA